UGGGGAAGGCAAUUCUACAACAUGUCAGGUGCUGUGCUGUUUGUGUGGUCAUCACAGAAGCAAAAUGGUAACUUGGAAUGUUCUUCUGGGAGUUCUACUGCACCAUUUGCUCCUAGAAGCCCUGGCACAGCUGCCUGCUCAACAUGAAAACUGCUCGAGCAAAGGGCAGAAGAUCUCCUUCAGCCACUCCUACAAGAUCGAUGUGCCCAAGUCUUCUCAGAUCAAGGUAGAGCCAGACCCACGGCCCCUCCAAGAUGACAGCCAUAUGCUGUUGGCUACUGGCGAAGUGGAUGAGGGCGAGGAGCAAAAUAUUAUAUUCAGGCACAACAUUCGUCUGCAGACUCCCAAAGGUGACUGUGAAGUCCUAGGCCAGCUCAAGGCUUUGUUGGAAAAGAUGGAGAAGAUGGAGAAGGAAGUGGUGCAUCUGAGGGGGAUCUGUAGUCCUCAGAGGUGCUGUGGGAGAGGCCAAGGUGUUUCGUCUUGUAGCGGCCACGGAACCUUCAUCCAAGAGAUCUGUGGCUGCAACUGUCACGAAGGCUGGGAAGGUCAGGACUGUUCCCAGCCUACCUGCCCAGGAAAUUGCCAUGGUAACGGGCGCUGUGUCGGAGGCCGAUGCCUCUGUAACGUACGUUAUGGUGGUGAAGAUUGCAGCCAGCUUCUGUGUCCUGAGAACUGUAGUGGAAACGGGGUCUGCGUCAAUGGCGUAUGUCACUGCUACCAGGAAUUCACUGGAGAUGACUGCAGUGAGAAGAGGUGCCCCAAGGACUGCAAUGGGAACGGGUACUGUGAUAGUGGCGAAUGUUACUGUGAGGAUGGCUUCACUGGGCUGGACUGCUCCAAAGUGCUUGCUCCUUGGAAUGUGAAGCUCCUCAAGACCACAGAGGAUUCCUUGGCCAUUGGCUGGGAUAAGAUGAUGGAUGUGGACUACUAUCUCAUUAGCUACUUUCCUGUUGGGUAUGAGGGCUCUGUAAAGCAAAUACGAGUGCCCAAAGAUAAGAUUGGCUAUGAGAUCCUGGGCCUUCUUCCUGGCACAAAGUAUGUGAUCACACUCCGUAACAUAAAGAAGGGAAUUUCCAGUGACCCAGAACUCCUGCAAGCCAGCACAGCUGUGUCUGCCAUUGGUGCUGUCUGGGUGACAGAGGAGACAGAGAAUUCACUGGAGGUCGAGUGGGAGAAUCCUCCAACAGAUGUGGAUUACUACAAGCUGAGGUUCAGCUCCUUGCUUGGGGAGGAGAAAGAGCUAUUGGUCCCCAAAAGCAGUGAUGCAAAGAGCAGAUAUGUCAUCACAGGCCUGAAACCAGGGACACAGUACAAGAUCACUGUCAUAUCUGUGAAGGGUGAGAGAGAAGGGAAGCCAUCAUCUGUGAAUGGAAGGACAGAAAUUGAUGGCCCAACUAAUUUGGCAAUCAACCAAGUGUCAGAAGACACAGCUACCAUUUCUUGGCAUGGGGCCCAGGCCCCCAUAGAUAGAUAUGUAGUGAGCUACACCUCACUUGAUGGCGACACCAAAGAGAUGUCUGUGGGCAAGGACAAGAGAACCACCACCCUGAUGGGUUUGAAACCAGGCAUGGAGUAUACCAUCUCUAUCUGGGCUGUGAAGGGAUCCCAGCAGAGCAGGAAGGCAAGCACAAAAGCUGAAACAGAAAUAGAUGGUCCUACAAACCUGAGAACAGACCAAGUGACGGAAAACACAGCCACAGUCUCUUGGAACAAGGCUUUAGCUCCUAUAGACCGAUACAUCCUGAGCUAUAUCUCUGCUGAUGGAGAAACUAGAGAGAUCGCAGUUGGGAAGGAUAAGAUUAGCACCACCUUAGCUGGACUGAAGCCAGGGAUGGAGUAUGUCAUCUACAUCUUGGCUGUGAAGGGAAGCCAUCAGAGCAAGAGGACAAGCACAAAAACCCUGACAGAAAUUGACCCCCCCAGGAAUGUGCGUGUAUCAGAUGCUACGCAGUCCAGCGGAGUGGUCACCUGGGCGCCACCUGAUGCUCAGAUCAGUGGUUAUCUUCUCACCUAUCAGGAGUUAGAUGGCACCAGCAGGGAAGUGCGGCUAGGUCCAAAUGACCGAAGGUUUGUGCUGGAAGGCCUUAGUCGGGGUACUAAGUACACCAUAUAUAUCACGGCUUUUAAAGGGGACCGCUGGAGUCGAAAAGAAGCCACCACCUUUUCUACAGUCAGCAUACGUUACCCUUACCCAGUGGAUUGCAGCCAGACUCAACAAAACGGGCAUUCCGCAAGCGGCCUGUACACCAUCUACCUGAAUGGUGACAUGAGCAGGCCUCUGCAGGUGUACUGCGACAUGACCACCGAUGGAGGCGGAUGGAUAGUGUUCCAGAGGAGGAGCACAGGGCAGCUGGACUUCUUUAAGCGCUGGCGGAAUUACGUUGAAGGCUUCGGAGACCCUAGAGGGGAAUUUUGGCUUGGCCUUGAAAAGCUGCAUGAACUCACCAGUACUGCCCCCGUUCCGUAUGAGCUGAGGGUGGAUUUGCGAACCCACAAUGAGUCUGCCUACGCAGCCUAUGACCUCUUCCAGGUGGGGUCCAGUAGAGAUAGGUACAGGCUUGCUGUGGGGAAGUACAGAGGCACUGCUGGGGAUGCCAUGACUUACCACCAUGGUUGGAAAUUUACCACCUGGGACAGGGACAACGACAUAGCCCUCAGCAAUUGUGCAAUCACACACCAUGGUGGCUGGUGGUAUAAGAACUGCCACUUGGCCAAUCUCAAUGGCAAAUAUGGAGAAAUCAAGCACAGUGAGGGAGUUAAUUGGGAGCCAUGGAAAGGCCACUUAUACUCCAUCGCUUACACUGAGAUGAAGAUCCGUCCACGGUCACUCAGCUUUGAGUCAAUCUUGGGCAGGAAAAGGAGGUCUCUGGCGGUUUGAAAUAGUUUCCUGGAAGUGCCCUGCUCAUCAGCCCAAGCAGGGAAACACAUUAUCAUGUAACGAUGUGUCAGGCCUCUUGAGUUAAUUGGGAUAUUUUAGUACAUUUAUAAUCACAUCAACUGGUUUAAGGCUUCAAAAGUAUUUUCUGGUUUAAUUGGUUAGGAUCACCACAGAACUUGCAUUUCACUGUGAGCACAACUGAAAAGUAGUUGGGAACUUAGGGCCAGUUCAUAAGUUACUUUCUUAAUGGUGGAUGGGGUGGGUGGACUGUGUGUGUGGGAUUACAGGGACUGAAACUUCCUGUGCCUGCAGUGAUCUCUGGUUCUGUCGGCCACUAGCAGCACCUGUGGCUGGAGAACUCCAUCCCAGCCCCUCAACUUGUCCCAAGGGACUUUAACAAGGAGGGAGCCAUCCAGUUGCCCUCAUAGCAGCAUCUGGUUUUUCCCUGCUAGAGAAAGCGAAGACUCCACCACACCUUCUCUUUUCUUCCUUUGUGCUCUUUGGUGGCAAUAUCCUCUCCUUUCUAUCAGUUGAGGCGGCAGCGACGGCUUUCUCCUUUCUGGGAACCCAGUGCGAGAUGAAGGGAGCACGAAGGGGAGGCUUGUUGUGUUCAACAAAGACCUGAUUGGUCUGCUGCGCUCUGAUUUCUGUGAUACAGCUUUGCUAAACCUUAGGUGCUAAUUUAACAAUCAUAUUUUUCUGUAGAUCGUGUUCCCUACGACACGUUGACAGUUACCCCAAAAGCCAACCAUUUCAAACCUUCAGCUCUUGAUUAAGAAUGUGGUCAUAUUUAAAAAUGUCCUCCCACAGAAAACAAGACAUUUCUGUGUGGGGAAAAUGCUUGCUUUCCAAUUGCACCUGUCUGCAGUUCAACUCUAUCUGUAUCAAAAACUCUUGCCAUUCCUGAAUGAUUGAUUGCGUGUAGAGCUUUUUCUGUUGCAAGCAGCAGUAAUGUUAACACAAGUGUGGUUUAGAAGAUUCUUCCCUCCCCUUUUAAUUUGAGUGAUUACCUCUGCAAUACUCACAACACUGUGGUCUAGUUCGAACUAAAUUGGUCAACAGGUAUCUGGACUGUACCACUUGAUACUGAAAUGUUUAUGCAAAAUAAAUGUCCCACUAAAUUAAACCUGUCUCUCUCAAACAUUUAGCUUUCUAUGUGCAGGGAUGUUUUGGUAUGGAGGAGAAACAUUCAGUCAUAUGAGCCUCCACCUGCAACUGGAAGUGGAGCAGCCCAGGCGCAUUUAUGUUUAUUAUCUCUGUGAGUAGUAAGCCUGAGACAUAACACCACCUAGUGUUGAUUUCAAGUAUGAUUACCAAAGGGUUUAGUUUUGGGUGAGGGAGGGGUGGCAAAACUGCCCCUCCAGAUGUUGGACUGCAACUGCCAUCGACUCCUGCUAAUAUGGCCAAUAGUCAGGGAUGAUAAGGGUUGCAGUCCAGCAACAUCUGAAGGACCCAUAAAAUCCUCAUCCCUGGGGUCUAUGUUGAUAAAGCAUAGUUCUCUGUAUUCCUAACCUCCCCAAUACAGACCCCUCCAGACAGACUCUCCACCCAUAAUAGAAUGUGGGCGGAGAGUGCUAGGAGAAGCUUAUCUUUUCCUCAUAAAACCAGAACUUUCCCCAUCCCACAAGUGAAGCCAGGUUUAUAAUUCUGGUGUCUCAUGACUGCCCUGGUGUGAAGUCGUCAAAUGUGGGCCUAUGGAUAGAUUUAUAUCCAGGGACUUGGCUUAGAAUCCAAACUGAGUGAAGAACUCACAGGAUGGCCUUGGUUGGUCUGCCAUUUAAAAAAUGGUUAUGAGAUUGUUGUGAAAAUGAAUACACUAACCACCAUUUAAAAAAAACACAAUUUUAAAUAUGACAUGUUAUAGAAGUGCUUAUUACAUUCAAGAAACACACAUUUUCCCUAAUUUGAGGGGGGUGUUGGCUUUUAAAAAUACUUCUUUACAGUUUGAGAAACACAGUAGUUGUUUCCAAAGACUCUGUUCAGAUGACAUGCUAAGCCACGGGGGUUAGGCCUUUUGAACUAAACAUUAUGGCUUAGCGUGUCAUGUGAACCAUGACUUAGCAUGUCGUGUGAAUCAUUCCGAACCACGGUGGCUACAUAACCAUGGUUUAAACAGACUCACUAUUUGCUGCAAAAGGGUUAGUUCCGCAAACUGCUCAGAUUUGAUUUUUGACCCAGAUGUUUAAUUUGCUAUGCUUGUUAGAACAAAUGCAUUUGUAUGAUUGCUAUUUUGGUGCUCACUGUGGAUUUUGAAACAUUUCAGAAAUAAACAUUAUUUAGCAAAGUUCAUAA